AGCCUCGUGGGAGCUUCGAGCUGCCCGCGCCAUGCCCGAGACCGAAACUUGAGGCCCAUUCAGAGCGGGGGCCAUGCCGCUCUGGCUGGCGGUUCUUGUGCUUUCAAGCGCUGUGCCUGCCACUGCGCUGACCGUGCCGAGGACCCUGCAGCUCGCCCAGGUGUUGGGAUUCGACGAUGUGAAUGCCUCUGACUCUCUGAACACCUCCAGGAUGGAGGGCUAUGUGAACGCCGACGACCUGGAGAAGUCGAGAUCCGGAUUGUGGCUGGGCGGCAUGCCAAGUCGCCUCCCAUUCCACCGGGGGAUGUCCAGGCACAAGGUAAAGCGUGUCUUGCGGUCCGUGCGCGACUAUAUCCAGGACUUCUUCAUGUCGGCAAGAGCUGUUUCCUGGGCGACGUUCUUUAUCUUCUGGGCCUUCCUGCUUGCCGCGAGUAUGUUGAUCUUCAUGUCCCAAGACCUGAAGUACUGGUGGCAGCACCUCUUCACCAUGAGCUUCUGGGUCUUCUUGGCGAUCGUGUAUUGUGGCAUCGUAGGCGCGCAGGAGGGCGAUAUGAUGCACAACAUGUCCGACUGGGCCAGCGGCUACGUUUUGGAGCUGAUUCUGUCGAUGGAGAACAUCUUUAUCUACGAGAUGAUAUUGGCCUCCUUCCACGUGCCGAAAAAACUGGCGCUCAAGGCCCUCUAUAUCACCUCCUUCUUCCAGAUGUUCUUCCAGAUGUGGCUCUUCAUGUUUGUGGCGAAGUACCUAGAAGCCAUUCGAUCGCUGCCGUACUUGUUGGGCGCCUGGCUCGUCUACUUGGGUAUCGAGACCUUGCGGGAGGACGAUAACGCCAGCUUUGACCCGGAGAGCGCCCUGGUCUUCAAGGCGCUGAAGUGGGCCUUGGGAGACCGCCUGGUCUUCGAGUACAGCAGCAACAUGCUGGUGACUAUCAAUGGCAAGCUGUGCGUGACCAUGCUGGUCCCGGCGACGAUGUGCCUGAUCGUGGUGAUGUUCGUCAUGGAGGUUGAUGUCACCUUGGCAAAGAUCGAAACCAUCGAUUCCAACUUCAUCGGCUGGACCUCCUCCGUCUUCGUGGCCUUCGCGCUGCCGGAUCUCUACAUCAUCGUCAAGGAGCUCUUUCGGCGGUUUUACCUCCUCGGCAAAGGUAUCAGCGUCCUGUUGGUUGUCUUCGGCACAUUGCUCUUGGUGCACGACGAGGUGGCGGUUUCCGACACCACGGAAGUGCUCAUCAUGCUCAGCAUCGUGUUGAUCUCCAUGGCGAUGUCUCUGAUCAUGGAGCUAGGCAACCGCCGCGGGGAGUCCUAUGACUCCGAACCAUCGCACGAGAAGGCGGAGUCGGACGCUGCCUCCGACGAGAUCACGCCGCCUGCGGCUGCCACCGUGUAUUCGACGCACUGAGUCCCCGAGUUGGCAAAGCAGAUCACUCGAGCUGAUAGCGUCGCGAGUGGCAAAAGUCGGCUGUGAAGCCUAAGACGUCCGAAGUUCUCGUGGCUUCAUGGCUAUGAAUUUCAAUAGGGGACCACCUCCAAACUGGUUGGUAGACCUUUUAGUCCCCACCGAAUCUUCAUGUCCGACGG